UUGUGUGUGAUCGGAGAGAUGGAGGAAAUAGAUGCAAGAAGCGGGUUCUGCAAAUCCAACUCCGUCUUCUACAGUAAACGGAAGCCCCUGCCGCUUCCUCAAAACUAUUCACUGGACGUCACCACUUUCAUCUCCUCUCGCGCCCACCAUGGCAAGCUUGCUCUCGUCGAUGCCGCCACCGGUCGCCACUUCACCUUCCCCCAACUCUGGCGAGCCGUCCAUUCCGUCGCCGCCUCCCUCUCUGACUUUGGUAUUCGAAAGGGCCAUGUUGUCCUCCUCCUUUCCCCCAACUCCAUCUACUUUCCCGUCGUCUGCCUCGCCGUCAUGUCCCUUGGGGCUAUCAUCACCACCACCAACCCUCUCAACACCACCCGCGAAAUCGCCAAGCAAAUCUCCGAUUCCAAACCUGCCCUGGCCUUCACAAUUCGCCCUCUACUUCCCCAGAUCACCGCAACUUCAAACCUACCGAUUGUUCUCAUUGAGGAAGACUCCGCCGCCGCAAUCACAGAGCCUAAAAUCGUGACCACGCUGGGCAAGAUGAUGAAGACGGAGCCCCGUGCGAGCCAAGUCAGGGAUCGAGUUUGCCAAGAUGAUACUGCAACUUUACUUUAUUCAUCGGGCACCACGGGUCCAAGUAAAGGCGUGAUCUCGUCGCACCGGAAUUUGAUGGCAAUGGUGCAGAUAAUUUCGGGUCGAUUCAACAUGGACAAGGAGGAGACCUUCAUAUGCACUGUCCCUAUGUUCCAUAUAUAUGGUCUGGUUGCGUUCGCGACGGGCCUUCUGGCUUCGGGAUCGACAACAGUGGUGCUGUCCACGUUCGACAUGGGCGAUAUGCUGUCGGCGAUCCAGAAGUACCGGGCGACGUACCUGCCGCUGGUGCCGCCUAUACUGGUGGCGAUGAUGAACGGUGCGGAUGCGAUCAAGACGAAGUACGAUUUGAGGUCGCUACAUUCGGUUAUGUCGGGUGGGGCUCCUCUGAGUAAGGAGGUGGUAGAGGGCUUUGUGGACAAGUUCCCGAACGUUACAAUUCUCCAGGGUUACGGGUUGACCGAAUCCACGGGAGUCGGGGCAUCCACGGACUCACUGGAGGAGAGUCGGAGGUACGGCACGGCCGGGCUGUUGACACCCGGCACCGAGGCCAAAGUGGUCGACCCUGAAACCGGAGAGGCUUUGCCGCCUAAUCGGACCGGUGAACUCUGGCUCAGAGGUCCCACUAUCAUGAAAGGUUAUUUCAGUAACGAGGAAGCAACCAGCUCGACCCUUGAUUCAGAGGGAUGGUUGAGGACUGGAGAUAUUUGCUACAUUGAUGGCGAUGGAUAUAUUUUCAUCGUUGAUAGGUUGAAAGAGCUUAUUAAAUACAAGGGAUAUCAGGUGCCACCAGCGGAACUAGAGGCCCUGUUGCUUACUCAUCAUGCAAUUUCAGAUGCUGCUGUCAUACCAUUCCCGGAUAAGGAGGUCGGGCAGUAUCCCAUGGCAUACGUAGUGAGGAAAAGAGGAGGUGAUGUGUCUGAAAAGGAAAUCAUGGAUUUUGUGGCAGCACAGGUUGCUCCAUAUAAGAGAAUUCGAAGAGUGGCAUUUAUUUCUUCAAUACCCAAGAACCCAUCUGGCAAGAUCCUCAGGAAGGAUCUCAUCAAGCUCGCUACAUCUAAACUUUGAAUUCAACACUCGGGAGUUUUCCAUGUUGAUCAUAUAUGGUCAUUCUCUAGCUGCCUCCCAGUCUUUCGAUGUUUAUUAUGUAUAAUUCUCUUGCCUUUUUAUUUUUAUUUUUUCGGUUUGAUAAUGGCCAUCGUUUUUAUCUUUAUUUUAUGCUGUCAGUAGUUGGCCCCGUCUUCCCCCCCCCCCUUCAAAAAACAAACUCAAUGAUAUCCUCCCAGCUCAGUCUUGCAUCUGUAAAAGACAGAAAGUGGUGCCACAUGUGGUUUUAUGACCUCUUGUAAAGUGGAAUGUCGGCUCUUAAUUAAUUAAUUAAUUAAUUUCUUUUUUAUGUUGUUUAUUUUUAAAAAA